UACACAUGCGCAUUCUAUCCUUUACGCCGGCCAUUUUCGUCGUUGAACACGUUGUCCGAUUUUUGUCAGAAAAGAUGGGUUUUGGUGACUUAAAAAGUGAUUCUGGUCUCAAGGCCUUGAAUGAAUUUCUCCUCGAAAGAAGUUACAUCGAAGGGUACGAACCCUCUCAGGCGGACGCAGUUGUGUUCAGCGCUCUCAGUGGAGCACCCAAGGAAGAAUUAUGCAAUGUUCUCCGAUGGUAUAACCACAUUAAAUCAUAUGGUAAUGAAACAAAAAGUUUCACUGGAGCCAAGAAAGCUAUUGACCAGUACGGCCCAUCUGGUGCUUCAACUGCUAAGCCGGUCGCCGAGAGCGAUGACGAUGAUGAUCUCUUUGGCUCCGACUCAGACGAUGAGGAGGAAAUGGAAGCUUACAAGAAGGAACAGCAAGAGGCAAAGACUGCUGCCCAGGCAGCAAAAAAGAAAAAUGCACCAAUUGGUAAAAGUAAUAUCAUCUUGGCAGUGAAAGGCUGGGAUGACGAAACAGAUUUCAGCGAGGUUGAGAGGCUGGUAAAAUCAGUUGAACACCAAGGACUAUUAUGGGGCGCAUCGAAAGUUGAGCCAGUCGCUUUUGGAGUCUCACAGAUGCUUAUUACAUGUGUACUCAUUGAUGAUGAGUGUGGCACAGACAUCUUAGAAAACAUCCCAGAUGACUUUCCUGAUCUUAUUCAGUCAGUGGACAUUGUAGCCUUCAACAAAGUUUAGAUCUUCUUCUUGAAUAAUUUAUCAAAUAACUUUUAUUAAGGAAUGUGAACUGUUGUUAACUUCAAGCUAGGUUGAAAUCGUAAUUCAGUAUCCAGAUAUAACCCUGCCCUAUGUCCUCAUGAUAUCAAAAGCGAGUUGAAUUUGUUUGCGUUCUAUCACAGUUCUUGAUGGAGGAUAUGUGCUAUCUCAUCUUAAGUCUGAGAACGUGUGCGAUGUUGGCAUCCUCCUCUAACAUCAGAAAACAUGUGCUCGAACAACAUCGAAGCAAGUGCUGACAAUUUGAAAUAAAGUAACACCAUUCACACCUG